ACAGCGUGGUCAUCGGUCGGUACCAGAAGUACGCUCCGCUACAGGUGGCUUGUGGAGGAUAGAUGUAGAUGUUACCUCUCAUUACUAACAUAGGAAUUUUUAAAGCCAUAGGCAACACAUUAAUAUUUUUUAGAGAAACGACUGCUUUACUCUGUUUGCCCUCAGACGACCAACAGAUCCUUUUUUUCUGAAACGAAAACUGUUCGUGUUGCCAAAAUAAUAGGACAUGCUUCAAUGCCGUACUAUUAACGUGCUGCUUAGUCACGAAUUGUAACUGAUAAACAUCAGUUUACGGUUUUAAAUCUCUCAAUGAAAACCGCAGAUGAGACCGCCAUGGACUCCGACUUCCUCAAAGCACUGCAAGGCACGAGACUGCCACGGGUUGGCGCCACUGUAGCAAUCGUAGCACAGGCUACGCUGUGUUAUUUGUUCUCACCUGUCUGCUAUAGACUGCGCCUGCAGUACGGCUGUCCUGACACAUCGGUCCAGGCUAUACACUAAAAGAAGCGGGCCUAGGAUUCAGAAGUAAUUAAGCACCUUAAACAACUAGACUCGGCGUCUUGGAAGAAAUGGGCCAAAACUAUGGGAAGCAACGGAACCUCACUCCAGACAAAAAGCACAAGCCUAUCGGUCAGCAAAUCGAAUUGCCUCUGACUAGACAGAUUUCUUGUCAUGGUCAGCGCCAGGAAGCAAACUCAAAAGCUUCACUGACAGAACCGUUGAGUGUGUCACAGCAUUCACAUCUGGCGGAAAUGGCUCAAGAAGACCAAGAGUGGAUGGAAAGCAUGGCUGCAGUUCAACGACAGUUCCGAGAGAAACUGGCAUACAUGGAGAAAUAUUUGUCGCAACGAUUCGGCGAACUGAAGAGUCAGCUCAAUCGGACAGUUAAUAUUGUAGAAAGCACAGUGGAACAGAGAAGAUCUUCAGUUAAAGAUCAGGUUGAAGUAAGACUUUCUCUAGUGGAUGAGGUGGGAGAGAGACUGGCGACAGUACAGAAGCAACUUGGAGAAAAGAUAGUGAACAUGCAGUCAACUUUAGGUGAGAGAUUAGUUGCAGUUCUAGAGAAGCAACGCCAAAGGCUAGUCGGCGUACAAGAAAAUCUGAAACGGCAGCAUACAGCUGUGAGUUUCUCAGUCGAACCAAAGCUUAUAGAAGUGCAUGAGCAAGUGCAAGCGAUGGUUCUGACGAUGGAGAAAUAUUUAGAUGACAGAGAUGAAGUGGAGAAAAAUCAGCUCAUGAUGUUGCUCCACGAAGUAAGUGAUCGAAUAAACCAGAAUUUGGUGGACGAGGAAAGACAGUUACAAGGAAGUUACAUAGAACAGAGAGAUGUGCUGAAGAAAAUGUUUGACAAUGUGCAGCAGAGAUUCGACCAGAGAUUGACUUACUUGCGAAGCAUGAGCCUCCCUAGUCUAGAUGAGGUGCAACGUGCUGUGGAUAUGAGGCUCAACAGUGUAGAAGAGCACUCUGACCUCAGGUUAGAUGAAGUCCACACUUGUCUUGAACAGUGGUUUGAAGAGGUAAAGGAUCUCAUCGAAAGGAGGUACGAGUAUUUAAGAGAAUUUCUGACCAAAAGGUUGGAUGAAGUGAAAGAGGAACAAGAGCAAAGAAUAGAAGAAGAAUCCAUCUUCACACAACGGAGGCUCGAUCAAUUGAGAGAGCAAGUGGUGCAGCGGCUAAAUGAAGUAAAAGACAAGCUUGAACUGAGAAUGGAUGAAGUCGAAGGUAAGGUUCUGGAUCUAGUUAAUCAAAUGCAAAAUCAACUAGACAGCAGUCUGGACGAUAUGAAAGAACUAACUGGAUACAAAUUCGAUCAGGUACAACAGCUGACAUGGCAGAUGCUUGAUCAUCAGCAGAUUCUUUUGUGGCAAGGCUUCAAUGGUGCCGCAGAAAAACUUGAUCAGGGAAUCGAAGAGGUCGAAAAGAAAGUAGAGCAGAAGCUCAGCUGCAUAGAGGAGCAGUUAGAUCUGAGGUUAAGUGAAACUGAUCAAGCUAUGAGAGAGAGACUUAAAGAGGUCUUGGAUCAGCUGGAGCGGAAACUGGAGGAAGUUAGCUAUGAUGUAACAGAAAUGUUGGUGGAGCUGUUGAACGAAACUACGUCAAGAAUUAAGGAAAUUACAGGCCACCUGGAGACGAGGGAUCUAGAGACGCGGAGCCACACUGCCCACAGAUUUGGCGAUGUGAACGAUCAGUUGAAGUGGAGGAUAGAUGAGGCGCGCGAUCACAUACGGUAUAGAUUACAGAUGAUGGAGUCACAGAUUCAUGAGAGGAUAGGUGACGUGGUAGAAAAAGUAGAGAACUCUAUAGAUGAUACAGAAAAAUGGCUUCAACUACUCGAAUAAUUGCCCUGUAGUUCAGUAGUAAACAUUUUAUCAGAACAUACACGCAGGCGCUACAUCAAUUAAAUGUUAAAGGCAAAACAUCGCUGCGGGCACGGCGAUGCAAAUCUACUUGCUGAGCAUGAAACUACUUAUUAAAUAGGCUUUAUGGAAUAAUUUUACUGCUUUUCUCCAAAAUAUUGCUACUGUUCUCAAUUUCCAUUUGUAUAUGACACAUAUUUUAGCCUUGCCAGUGAUAAGUCUUCGAAAGCUUAUAUCGAUACAGCCUACUUUGGAUGUUAAACGGAAUUUCUUAGUAGUGUGAGUAGCGUAUUAAAAUAAAUGAAGUACUGAAGCAACCAGUUAUAACACAAUAGCAAUAAUAGAAAUAAUUUUAGUCCAUCUCAAGCUCAGAGCAGCAAACUGUGGCUGUGAUGAUACUAAAAGUAAAUGGUUGCGAAAGCAAUUGUAUUCACAUUAGGCAGUGCUAACUGCCGUUUUAAAAGAACUCUAUAAUAAAAAGGUUUUAUAGGUGUGUGCAAAAUAGACAACGAAGCUUUAAUGUAUAUUACAUGGUAUUCGUAUAGAAUGUUACUAGGUUAAAAAGUCACCUUGAUGAGAUCAGGAAUUGCAUGCAUGUUGGGAAUAAAUUCCACUUGUUUCAUAAAACUUUGCUGUUUUUUCGCUUUUAACAUCAAUGUUUGUCUUGGAACAAAUAUAAAACUUGUACGCUAGUCAUAAAAUGCCACUUUGAAUUGUUCAUGUAAUACUGUAAUAAACACAACAAUAAACCAUUUAAGAUGGAACUUUCGAAA